AUCACAAAAUCAACUAUAUUAACGAUAAGAAACGGAGCAGAAAUAGAAAAAGGCGGCGGCGGCGCCCUCGUGCUGACCUUCGGCUUCGCUCCUACCGCCGCCGCUGCGUCGUGGGAGGAGAACAAACCGCCUGCCCUGCCCCCUUCCCUCCUCUUCCUCGCCUCUCCGGAGUAUUCCCUCAGGCCUAACCCCGCUGCGAGACAAGGACCGCCGCAUGGACGGCGCCGGCGGGGUGGGGGCCGCGAACGGCGGGAUCGAGGGCGCCGCCGACCGCUGCAGCUCCGGUGGCGGCGGCGGGUGCCAACUCUCCGUCCACCAGAUCGCCGGCGGCGGGAAAGCUGCUGAUAUCAUCUUAUGGAGGCGAGGGCAUGUUACUUUUGGUGUUAUAUUUGGUGCUACUGUUGCAUGGUUGUUGUUUGAGAAGUCUGGACUGUCAUUCCUGACUAUCUGCUGUGAUGUAUUGCUCAUUUUGAUAGUUGUGCAGUUCAUACGAGUUAAAAUAUCUGGGUUACUAAAUAGGCAGCCUAGACCACUACCUGAGUUAGUGUUAUCAGAGGAGAUGGUUAGCAAUGCCGCAGCUUCAUUCCGUGUUAAAGUCAACAACAUGCUGAUGAUAGCGCAUGAUAUUACUCUCGGCAAGGACUUCCGGCUCUUUUUCCAGGUUGUGCUUGUCCUUUGGCUGUUAUCUGUAAUUGGCAAUUUCUGCUCUUCUAUCACUCUUGCUUAUAUAGGAACCAUUGUUUUGGUCAUAGUACCUGCAUUAUACAAUAAAUACCAGGGGCCUGUCGAUAGAUAUGCUGGCAUAGUCCACCGAAAUAUAUCAAGGCAUUACAAGAUUGUCGACGAAAAUAUGAUCAGUCGAUUACCGAGAAGUUUUAUCAGGGAUAAAGAUGACUGAUUUGGUUUGCAAACGUGAAUAUGUGACGUUAGUCGAGUAAUUUUUUAGCUGUAUGCUUAUACCGUACGUGUCGUGAAAUUAGGGAUUUAGGAAAACUGGAAAAAGGAAGCCUGCUGUAGAUACGGUUGCAAUGUACUCUUGACUCUUGAGCAGCAAGGUUUGAAACGAGAAGAUGUGCAGAAAAUUGCACAUCCGUGUACAGCUUUCUGAGUCAGAUUUUGCAACAAAAUAAAGUAUUUCUUGUUAAAAUAAUACCCAGCAAUUGCCUUUGGGUUGUGAAAUAAA